AUGCCAACUAUGUUAUCAGUUUUGGAGGAAGAGACUGAAAACUUAGAAAAUUUUCCUCCAUAUGUAGAUGCGAAUAGUAUUGAACCAUUACCUGAUAGCCCUUCUAAAAAGGGUUCGAUAAAAACAUUCGAAGAAAUUCAAUUACUACUUCAAAAUGGGAAAAAAAGGGAAGUCAAACAAAUAAUAAGAGAAAAUGCUUGGCCAAUAGAAGGAGGAAUAAGGAGAAAAUUAUGGCCAGCACUUUGCCUUCAACACACACAGAAAAAUACCAACGAAGAAGGUUAUUAUUGGGAAAUGGUGAAACAACUUUUCGGUACAACAGAUUUACCAGAUAAGCCGUUGACACUGCCGACAUUUGUUGAAAAAGACCAAUGUUUAACUUAUCACCUGACUAAAAGAGGGAGACACAUAGCCGACAGGGUUGUUUGUAUUCUAGGCUAUGCAUGUCCGGAUAUAACAUACAGUCCGGCCAUUUAUCCCAUCACUGCGCUUUUAUUACAUUUUUUACCAGAAGAAGACUGUUAUAAUUGCAUAGCAAGUUUAGUAGCAUCAAAAGAAAAAACAUUCGUAACUCAAACCAAAUUAUUAUACGAAGUAACAUGGCGGACGGUUAUGCAAAUUGCCAAAAAACACGUGAAAGGUUCGGCGGUGCAUUUGGCGAGACAUUGCACGAGUGCAAGAGCCGAAAGGAUUUACAUGGAUUGGUUUUGGUGGAUAUUUGAAAAUUUACCAUUCGCUCAUUUGGUCAGAAUCCUUGAUUGUUUUUUACACGAGGGUAUAAAAGUUUUGUACAGGAUCGCUUUGGCGAUACUUUUACUCUUUUACAAGUAUUCAUCGCCGGCAAAUUCAAAAUGGAUGACGGAAAUUCACAAGAGCGGAAUGGAAGUGACGCUGUACAAAUUUUGCAAAGAAAUUCCGGUUUCGCCGUCGAAAGUUUUGAGAACGGCAUUUUCCAUAAGAGCAUUGAGUUCCGUUUACAUCUCGAAAGUUUUCCUCCGAACGGAAAUGCUUUUGAAAUCUCGUAACGUAUUAACGGGUUCUCGUCAAUUAUCCAGAUCGAGAUCAUCCGAUAAUCUUCCGACGAGUCAAUCUCAGGUUAACAUACAAAUGAUGAGUCACACAUUAACGAUAAGAGAGUUGCUCAUAUUGUGGUCAUGGCUUCCGGUUCGGAUCACAAUGUAUCAGCCAGUAUUGCUCUACACGACGGAAGAACACGGAUGUUCGUUGACAACAUUUUACCAUAGAGUAGAACAACACGAGCCGACAUUGCUCAUGAUCAAAACGGCGGCGAACGAAGUUUUCGGAGCUUAUUGUUCGACUCGUUGGUGCGAAAGAAAUUUAAAAGACGACAAGGGAAAUCGUCAAGCGUAUUUCGGAACGGGUGAAACUUUUCUGUUCAGUUUAUAUCCCGAACGUGCUAAAUAUCCGUGGGUGGGGAUACAACACGGUGUGGGAGAUGCCGGAUUACAUCAUUCGGCUCAACUUUUCAUGGCGGCGGAUUCGAAAAUGAUAACCAUCGGUGGUGGCGGUGCUCAAGCGAUUUGGAUGGACGAAAACGUUCGGUACGGGAAAACGGACAGGUGUCUAACGUUCAAUAACCCACCUCUUUGCGAGGGACGAGAUUUCGAAAUAAGAGUUUUAGAAGUUUAUGGAUUUUCAUGCGCGUAA